AUGACAUCCACAGGCGGCCUCUCGCGGAGGCGCGUGCCUAACGCCUCCUCGUCCGUGCAAGCAGACGACCCCGAUGAGGACGCAUGGGGCCUCGGUGCGAGUCCUUCGACGCCGACGAACGGGAAUGGCACAAGCAACGGCGGCACUGCGCAUCACUCGCAUGCGGGCUCGGCAUUUGAAGGUGGGAGUAAGAUCGCGUACGACCCGCGGGACCUCGAGCGAGCGGACGAGGACGAGCGACAGGGCGGCCGAGCACCGAAGCUGACAAUUAUGGAAGAGGUGCUCCUGCUCGGGCUCAAGGAUAAGCAGGGCUAUUUAUCAUUUUGGAACGACAACAUUUCAUAUGCUCUACGCGGGUGCAUCCUCGUCGAGCUCGCACUACGGCGACGAAUCGCAGUAGUGCGGGAUCCCAAUCGUCGACAAGUACCGCCAUCGGAGCGCAUGGUGGAAGUCAUCGAUGAUCGCCAAACAGGCGAGACGAUCCUCGACGAGACCCUGAAAAUGAUGAAAGCGCAGGAAGGCGUGGAACGCAUGGCGAUCAACACAUGGAUAGACCUGCUGAGCGGCGAGACAUGGAACGUGAUGAAGAUUGGGUUCCAGCUGAAGCAGGUGCGGGAGCGGCUCGCGAAGGGGCUGGUGGACAAGGGCGUGCUGCGGACGGAGAAGCGCAACUUCCUGCUAUUCGACAUGGCGACGCACCCGGUGGCAGACGUGCGGACGAAGGAGACGUUGGUCGCGCGUGUGGUUUCACUACUGACGGCGACAACGAGCGCAGUGCCGGCGGCAGCGGUGCAAAAGGAAGGCACGCAAGCGCGCAUUGCACGAGCAGUGUGCCUCGUGUGCGCGGCGUACGCGGCGAGCGUGCUGGACAACGCGUUUGGGCGACUGACGUACGAGGAGCGCGAGGCAGCGUUCCAGCGGUGCGACGAGAUCCUCGCCGAGUUUGCGUGCUGGCCGUUCGGGAGCGCGGGAGCGGCGAAGAGCGGGGGUGGGACUGGGACUGGGGCAGCCGGACGGCGGAGGGAGGGGGCGCGGAUAGGGAUGGGGAGCACUGGGGGUGCGGUGAAGAAGGAGAUGCGGGGAGACGAGGAUCUGUGCUUUGAAGCGGUAUCUGGCGUGCUGGAGGUGCUGUCCAAGCUAGAUUCGCUGCUGCUAUGA